AUGGAGAAGAAAAGUAGUGACAUCUGGAAUCACUUUUCAGUGAUAAAUAAUGAGAAGGCAAAGUGUUCAUACUGUUCAAAUCCAAUUUCGUAUAAAGGGGGUUCAACUACAAAUUUAACCAAACAUUUAAAAAGGAAAGACUAUGUACAAUACGAAGCUAGAAAAAUUCCACGUUUAGAAAUGGUAGAGCAAAAUUUAGAUGAACAUGAACCUGAUGAACCUAACGAGAAAAGACCACAAACCUCACAACCUCAAACUUUAAGUUGUCAACCUUCCACAACGACCAACAUAAAUACAAAAAAAACACGCCCAUUACAAACUCGAGUAGAUUCAUAUAUUAUGAAACCAAUUUCUCUAAAUAAACAAAAAAUACUCGACGAACAGUUAGCAAUUAUGAUUGCAAAAGAGUUUCAACCAUUUAGUUUGGUGGAAAAUGAAGAAUUAAAAAAAUUCGUUCAUCUAUUAAAUCCUGGGUACAAAUUACCAUCUAGAAAAACAGUAUCAAAAUCAUUAUUACCACAGCUACUCAAUGAAACUAAAGAGAGAGUGAAAAAUAAUUUAAAUAAUGCUCAAUUUAUAGCGUUUACUACUGAUGGUUGGACCUCAAUAAAUAAUGAUAGCUUUGUUGCCGUGACCGUUCAUUUUAUUCAUACAACAGAAUGUGUUUUAAAGUCUUUUUUACUUGGGUGUUUUAAUUUUGAAAAAUCUCAUUCUAGUAAUAAUUUGUCGGUGUUUUUAAAAGAUUGUUUUAAUGAAUGGAAUAUUAGUGAAAAAAUUAAGGUUGCUGUCACUGACAAUGCGGCAAAUAUAACAGCAGCAAUCAAAAUGAAUAAAAACUGGCGUCAUAUACCAUGUUUAGCUCACACAAUAAAUUUAAUUGCUCAAGCUGGACUAGAAGAAAUAAACCACGUAUACAAAAAAGAUAAGAAAGUUGUCGAGUUUUUUUAA